UGAGUCGCUCGGUAUGUUCGCGCGUGGACGCGACCGGCCGAAGCUUCGGCCGGUGCCCCGUCGUGAAACGUUUCCCUAUUAUAAAACAAGGUCACUCGUGUAACCCUAACUAAGGCCGCUGGCGACGAUAUUUUUGCCUCCCCCAGUCAGUAUCAAGCAGUUGCUCUUCCCCCCUUGUCUGUGCCCUUGGAAGCGAGGAGCCAACCAGAUCUCCCUGAGUCGGCGGCGUCUUUGUGUACUCGGUCCCAAUGGCGAGCUCGAGUUCCUCCGAGGGCAAGGCGGAGCUGGUUGAUCCCAAGGUUGAGGAAGACGCACCCGGCGAGUCGGCCGAAAACCCUGCAGGGUCGACGACGGAGGCGCUCACCAACAAGAAGAAGAAGCAGAAGAAGAAGGUGUUGAUUCAGGUGCCAGAUAGCGAUGUGAAACGUGUGCUCUCGUACAAGGAAAAACCCAUCGAUACGGAGGUGGACGACCUCUGGGUCAGGAGAGACCCAGAACUGGCUGCCAACUGGGGCAUCAUGCUGGCCAACUUGGCCAUGUUCAAGGAGCUCACCAAGGAGCGGAUGCUUGAAGAGCAGAGAGACUAUAGGGAGCAGUUAAAAACCAAGGGCAGAGUCACCUACGAGCUUGAGGUUGACCAAGACGAUCCCAGAUUUAAACAUGUUGAACCCACCACCUCUGCUGGAGCUGGAGCAGGACGGAGGAGGUACCGCCCGGGCGUCAUGAAAAAGCAAGAUGGGCAGAACAGGAAGCUAAAUUAAUAUAGAUUAUGAUUUU